AGGACUCUCUUACACUGAACAAAAAGAAGAGAGGAAAAUGACCAAUGCUUGUCCAGAAGUAUGUCCUCCUGGUACCAUUUGCUUUCCUCAUGGUUUAUUGGAACAAGAAUGAGCUGCCUUUUUUACAAGGGGAUGAAUUUUUUAACCAAAUUGUAUCACCUGUCAAGAGUUUUCAUGUGAUUCUUGGAUACCUGCUACAGAGUCUUCGCUAUCAGUUAUUCAGUCCUGUUUUCUUCUCCCUUCAGCAGGUUGAAGUUCAUGAGUUCGCCCAGCCUCAGUGAUCUGGGCAAGAGAGAGCAGGCAGCCUUGGAUGAGCGGGGGACCCAGCAGCGACGGGCCUGCUCCAACGCUACCUGGAACAGUAUCCACAAUGGAGUAAUAGCUGUGUUCCAGCGUAAGGGUCUCCCCGAUCAUGAACUUUACAACCUCAAUGAAGGAGUCAGGCAGUUAUUGAAAACAGAACUGGGAUCCUUCUUCACUGAAUAUUUACAGAAUCAACUGCUCACAAAAGGCAUGGUGAUCCUAAGAGACAAGAUCCGGUUUUAUGAAGGGCAGAAGCUGCUGGAUACCUUAGCUGAAACCUGGGAUUUUUUCUUCAGUGAUGUCCUGCCCAUGCUCCAGGCUAUUUUCUAUCCUGUGCAGGGAAAAGAACCCUCAGUUCGGCAGCUGGCUCUUCUGCACUUUAGGAAUAUAAUUGCCCUCAAUAUUAAACUAGAAGAUGCAUUAUCACGUUCCAGAGCAAGAGUUCCACCUUCUAUUAUUCAAAUGCUGCUAAUACUCCAGGGAGUUCACGAGUCAAAAGGUGUGACUGAAGAUUAUUUGAAACUGGAAUCUCUGAUCCAGAAAGUGGUUUCACCUUAUUUGGGCACCUAUGGUCUGUAUUCCAGUGAUGGACCCUUCACACACUCUUCCUGUAUCCUGGAGAAGCGGUUCUUCAGGCGUUCCAAGUCAGGUGACAUCCUCGCCAAGAACCCCGUGGUGCGAUCGAAAAGCUACAAUAAUCCGCUGCUGACACCAGUAGCUGAGUAUGAAACAGAGGGUAUGGCUGCCAACGGGACAAGUGUCCGAAGACACUCUGUUUCAGAAAUGACUUCCUGCCUGGAGCUCCAGGGCUACUCCAACCUCACCACCAUCAUGGACAACGGUUCUAAGAGCUCCAUGACGGCCACAAAGAACUUGCUGUCCGACCAGGAGCGGUCCAGUGCUGGGUCAGCACAGUGCUCUGGCAAGCUCAGCGCAGUGGAGCAACAGAAAGGACACUUCCACUCAAUGGACGACCCACGUAGGUCUUUUGAGCUGGACAGGGACCCUUCCUUGAUUCCUGUUCCUUCUUCUAGCCCCGAGAACAUGGUGGACCAGAUUUUAGAGUCCAUUGACUCUGAUUCUGAAGGCAUUUUCAUUGAUUUUGGCCGAGGCUGUUCCAAAUCAUCAGCGUACAAUGUGGACGUGAACAGACAGAGCGUCUUGUGAAGGACAGCAGGACCCGAACCUUGGGUUUUAAUAUUAUACAAGAAAGCUACUAAUGUGUUGAGUCAGACCAUGGGCAAAACCUACAUGUGUCUAGGGCACAACCUCAGCUGUGUUGAGGUAUAAAAACACAACGGUUUACAACAGGCAGGAAUCAGCUGCCUGGGGGGAGCAACCCCGAUGACUUCUCCCAGUCCCCAUCCUCUGCAUUCUGAUUUCUGUCUUUCUGAACUUAGGGAUUCACAAACAAGCAGGUAUCUGGUAAAACGCACUUGUUCCAACUGGCAGUGUCGAUUCAGUCAUGCCACCUGGUAAAUGACUCAAGAGACUCCUGUAGAAGGGCAGGUUGUUCUCUGGACGGUGACAUGUCAGCUGGAGCACAGAAAAUUAUCCUUUUACAGAGAAAAACAGAGGCUGUGGUCCUUCAUACCACAGAACACAACGAUAAGGAAGUCUCUUUUAAUCUUUUCUUGUACAUCUUGUAUGCACUCCUUUGCCCAAGGUUGAGCUAAGGUUUCUUGAAGAAAGGCAAAUAAAUGGAAACGUGCUACCUGGUGUCAUGCAA